AUGUUCCGUUGCGCUUCUAAGUUCGACAUUGAAGAAAACGAGGCUAUGUAUCUAAAGGAGUUCAUCUCUAAGAAUAAGCUUGUCAUUGAACAGAUUAGUGAUACUAAGGAACAAGAUGGCCAGGAAAGAGCGGACGAUGAUCAGAUGGGUGAGGUUGAAAAGGGAGAGGAGGUGAUUAGAUCUAAUCACGAAGCUAAGGCUACUGAGCCUCCACUCCCUAUAUCUGAGGACAACACUCGGAUACGUACGUCAAACCAAGCUCGCUUCCCACCAAUUGCCGCCCUUGCGCGUGAUGCCCUUUCCUUCCCUGCAACAGGUGUAGGCGUUGAACGGCUCUUUAACACUGCUCGGGAUGUCUGUCAUUAUCGUCGAGGGAGAAUGAAGUCUGAUACGAUUGAAGACUUAAUGAUGUUUCUUUGCACUCCAAGAUUUGAUAUAGAAGAGCAAGAAGCGAAGCUUCUUGAGAAGUUCUUCUCUCAUGAUGAGAUACUAGAUGCCGAGGAACAGGACAAUACAAUUGAUGAAGAGAUAGAGCUAGAUGAGGCUUUAUCGGCUACAUUUGAAGAACCGACUGGACGUGAAUCUCAGGUGCCAUUACCAGGGAACAACCCCCAAGUGCGCGCGUCAGGACGGAAGCGAAAGAGUCGAGAAGAUGAUAUCUUUGAGUACCACUAG